CAGUCUGCCUCCUAAUCCGGCACACACGUUAUAUAAAACGGCCAUCCAAUCCCGCGUCACACUGAGAGACAUCUACUCCAAAGCCUAGCGGUGUGUGUGUGUGGGUAUUUCACUUCUCCAGGGCGCAGAGGGGCGAGACAGGACCGCAGCAUCAUGAUCUUCAUCGUGGACCUGCUGCUGAUGCUCAUCGACCUGACCUACUCCAUCCUGGCUGCGAUCGUCCAGACCAUCCUCCGGCCGAGGCUCAAGAGCAUCGACGGGGAGCUGUGCCUGAUAACGGGGGCCGGGGGCGCGCUGGGGCGCCUGUUCGCCCUGGAGUUCGCCAAAGAGGGCGCGCGCCUGGUGCUGUGGGACUGCAACACGGCCGCCAACGAGAAGACCGCCGAGCUGGCGCGGGAAGUGGGAGUGGAGGUGCACACGUACACGGUGGAUCUGUCCAAGCGCCCCAGCAUCUACGAGGUGGCGGACCGGGUGAGGGCGGAGGUCGGGGAUGUGACGAUACUGGUGAACAACGCGGGCGUGGUGGCCGGGAGGAGGCUGCUGGACUGUCCCGACGAGAUCCUGGAGAGGACCCUGCUGGUCAACUGCCACGCGCUCUUCUGGAUGACAAAGGCCUUCCUGCCUCAGAUGAAAGAAAAGAACCACGGACACAUUGUUACCAUCGCCAGUGCUCUCGGACUCUUCAGCACAGCAUGUGUGGAGGAUUACUGUGCGAGUAAAUUUGGAGCUGUUGGUUUCCAUGAAUCACUGACACAUGAGCUGCUGGCAGAGGAACUGGACGGCAUCAAAACCACUUUAGUCUGCCCUUAUAUUGUAGACACGGGGAUGUUUGCAGGCUGUGAGAUCAGGAAGGAGCUCAGGGGUCUGAUUCCACCUCUCGAACCGCUUUACACCGUGCAGCAAUCCAUGAAGGCCAUUUUAGCCGAACAGCAAAUGAUCUGCAUCCCUCGCAUCAUGUACAUCCCCUUCCUCACACGAGCGUUGUUACCGUGGGAGGCGAACGUGGCAACAUAUCGCUUCAUGGGAGGAGACAAAUGUAUGCUGCCCUUCAUCAAGAAUGUUGAAAUGAAGGCAUCCAACGGCCACAUAAAAUCCUCCUAACACUUGACUGUUUUAUACCUUUGUUGAAUAAUGGACCAAUUGAAGCACCAAAGGCUCCUACUAUACAUUCUUAAUAUAUGAAUUUGUUAUCUGAAGGGGGAGCCCAAUAUCUACACUCAAUCUCAGGCUGCAUGGAAAACUUGACUCGUAGCAAUAUAGUGACUCUCCGUGAAUAAUGGUUAUUUCCAGUUACAAAUAAGUUGUUGAUGUCUACAUUGGAGGCCAGUAAGAUUCACAGUCCAAUAUAAAUCCAAAUUACUAUUAAAAAAAACAAAACAGUGAAGAGACCUCAACAGUACCAGAUCUAUACAAGUGCCUCUUUUUAUUCACAUUAACAAACAGUGCAGAAACAAAGACUAAGACAAACAAAUCUACAGGAAACAUGCAACAGAAGAAUAUUGAGCGUUGUGUUGAGCCAGACUGGAGUCUCCAGAACCGUAAAAAGGAAAUCAAACAUACAAAAAGAAAUCCUUCCAAUAAGAAUUGUCAUUAUUUCAUCAUUCCACAAUACUGUUGAAAUUUACAUCCAAUGCUGCUGUUGUUGUUGUUGAAAUAAACUGACAAUUGUAUCAGAA